AUGCCUAAAACCUGGGCCUCCGUAGUCAGAGAUGCUCAUAAGAUGCCGACGCCAGAUGAGAGGCUCAAGGCACUAGCAGCCUACUACCGGACGCUGUCACCCAAGACUAUCCUUGAAGAAGCUCUAGGGAAGCAGCAGCCAUACCUUCCACGUACGCCUAGAAUCGCCCGUCCACUUGUGGAGCACACGAUCGUGAUCUGUAUGGACACCGAGUCGCAUACUCUCAAUACCGAUCAGAUGACGGAGAUUGGAUUGAACUUCAUUUCCCGCAAGACGGCGAGUGACCUUGGUACACCGGGUCCUCACGGUUGUAGACUUCAGGAAGGGCUGAAGUUCCUGCACUUCCGUGUGGUCGAGCACGCGCACCUGAAGUCCAAUCGUGAGGAUUCGAAGGGACCUCUUGGCAAUCGUUUUGGUCACACGCGCUUCGCGACCUUUGCAGAGCUGCGUAUCAUCUUGCACCACCUUUUCAACCAGAACAUCAAGUCAGAUAGGCCUGAUCUCAAAGGCUGCAAGAGCCCAAUCAUUCUUGUUGGCCAUGCUCUUAGACACGACACUGAGAACACAACCAAGAAGGGUCUCGAGUACAAGAUCGACGAUAAUCUCACCGUCGUCGCCAAAGUUGACACCCAAGCUUUGGCACGAGAGGUUGGCGUCUGGAUACCACAACCUGGCAUGUACACUAACGAGAUUGGUCUGCGUGUGAUGAUUGAGAAGCUGGGAUUCCAGCAUCUGGAUGAUCACACGGCUUGCAACGACGCCGCCCGCACCAUGAUGUGUGCCAUCCAUAUGGUGCUGCCUGACAGCCUUCGCCAGCCGUUCGGCAUCCCCUCAAUGCAGGAAAUUGCCGACCGCAUUGAGGCGUCGAGCAAGACCACGUCGCCGGCGCCCUACGGUACUAUCGAGUGCUGCACCCGCUGCGGCGCUCGCGACCACUCUCUCGCCGCCUGCAAGACCUCCGUGGUGUGUGAAGCAUGUCGCCGCUUUGCUAGGGACUCUGGUUGUGCGUGCAACAUGAGAAGCCACAUUGAGAUGUACUGCCCGCAUGUGGCGCUCUUCAAGGCAUGGGCACGCCGGUAUCGCGAUGCGCGCACAAAAAACAGACUGUUGACGCCAGAGGUCGCAGCGGGCCCUGGCGCCGACGCGCACCCGUGGUCGACGUGGCCUAGAAAGAUCGAAUGGCCGCUGGAUGAACUGGAUAAUGUCCUUGAAGGCCUGGACCUGGUCGAAAAGCACAAGGAGUUCGAGCAGUUGACGGCGGUUGAGGGUAUCUUGAAGGCAGCGCUUGGUGGACUCGCGGUUCCCAAAGAUCCACUGGGAAACAGCAAGUCAACGGUGAAGGCAACCCCUGCCCAUCCGUCAACGAAGGGUGCUUCAAGUGUAGCACGCCCUCCAAAUCCUCCUCGCUCGAAAGCUGCUGCUGCUUCGAAGGCUUACCCCCCUACUACGUCUCGAUCUCGCGCUCACUCUACUUCGAAUGUAGUACAUCCUCCUAAGUCUUCUCGCUCGACAGCUGCUGGCACUUCGAAGCCUCGCGCCAACAAUACUCCUCGAUCUCGCGCCCACACUACUACAAAUGUAGCUCACCCUCCACCAUCGUCUCGCUCGUAUGCCGGCGCUGCUUCCCGGUAUCACGCCCCUGUCACUCCAGCCCAAUCCCCCCAAGCUGCGGCACCAGCCAGGAGGGAGAUAACCAUGUCUGAGGAGCGUGCUCGUCACAAGGCUAAUGGGAAGAAGCACUGUGGGAGGUACGGCGUAGGUGGCCGCAACGAGUGUUUGCGAGGCGCUGCCGCUCACGGUAGUCCCACGGCAGCUUGUGUUCAAUGGUGGGGGGACGAUGAGAAGUGCCGGCCCUGA